UAGAUAGAUUCAAAUCACCUUUUAAAGUCAAAUCUCUCUCAAAGUACUUCACUGGCAUGAUUGUUUUACAUUCAGUGCUGCCAUACAGCAUCAGCACACACACAAACACCAGAAAAUAAAAUGAACACAACAGAAGCAGCAAGAUAUAUGAGAAGAGAUUGACUGUUGAUUGCGUUGUAAAAAGCACUAUAUAAAUAACGGUGAAUUGACUUGACUGUCCAGACGGUGAAUGACUGAACUAGUGAACAUGAACGAUGUGUUUCUGUCGGGGAUCUGCUGCAGGUGUCGGUAUGGACGUGUAUGAGGUCAGAGGUCAUCUGGACGUGAUCGCAGAGGAGCUGACGGCGAGUGAGGAGGAGGAGGAGGCGUUUGUGAUGGUGCAGGACUCUGCUGAUGUCUCCACACUCGCCGGCGCGCAGCAGAUGAAGGAGCAGCUGUCCAGAAGCAGGAGCAAGCUGAGCCAGAAGAUCGUCCAGAUGGAGAACUUCGCCAGUAACCUGGAGGAGAUCUUCAUCACUGUGGAGGAGAACUUCGGCCGGCAGGAGCAGAAUCUGGAGCAGCACUAUAAUGAAGUUCUGCAGACGCUGUCGCAGAGGAACGAGGCACGAGCCGCGGCGCUGGACGAGCAGAAGAACAGCAAGCUGGAGUGUUUGUACGGUCAGCUGCUGCGGUGCGGCCAAACACUGGACGCGUCCAAAGAGCUGAUCGAGAGCGCACAGGAGCUCCACCGCAGACCAGACAAACACGCCUUCCUGCAGGCUGUCAUGCCAAUAAUGAAGAGAGUGGAGCAGUUCUCCAGAGAGGAAGUGGAUCUGAAGCUGGGAGUGUCUCUGGACUUCGAGGUGCUGACGACAGAUCUGUCCGAUGUCAGACAGAUGAUGGAGUCCAUUAACGUGCUUCCAGCUCCAUCGGCUCCGGUCAUGAAUCCGCAGAUCGCUAACUCUGCCACCGACACGUCGCUGCACGUGUGCUGGAGUCUGUUCUCGGACGACACCGUGGAGUUUUAUGAGCUUUACUGGCGUCUGAUCUCUGACGACUGCACUAUGGAGACGCCGCAGGAGGUGUCUCAGCUGAAGGUGAAGGAGACGCACUGCACCGUGUCUGAUCUGCUUCCUAACGCUCAGUAUGAGCUCUGGGUCACAGCCACCAACACCACAGGCAUCAGCCCGGCCAGCGAGAGGGCCGUUUAUAUGACGGUUCCCUCUCCUCCGGUUCUCAAGCCACGGCAGUGCGUGAGCAGCCUGGACGCGGCGCUGAUCCGCUGGGACUCUGGAAACACCAACCCGGUGGAGUCGUACACGCUGGAGUUUCACCGGACCCACGCAGAUGGCGGCUGCUCCGCCACAGAGUCCGUCGUGGCGAUCCCGUCCUGCGAGUGUCUGGUGCAGCUGCAGCCCUGGAAGCACUACAUCAUCCACAUCAGAGCCGUGAACAUCGGCGGCCCGAGCGACCACAGCGAGCCCAUCACCGUCUCCACCACAGGUACGUUCUUCCACCUGCUGGAAGACACAGCGCAUCCGAGCCUGUCGCUGUCAACCGACGGCCUCACCAUGUUCUACCUGGAUGAAGAUCUUCCCAUCAGUCACAUGACCUUCAGCGACAACACCUUCAACAGGUGCGUGGCGGUUCUGGGCGACCUGGUGCCCAUCAGAGGCCAGUAUUACUGGGAGAUCGAUGUGGACGAGAGCGCAGAGUUCCGCGUGGGCGUGGCGUACGAGGACACACAGCGCAACUCGUACCUGGGCGGGAACAACACGUCCUGGUGCAUGAGACACAUCCUCACACCGUCCAGACACAAAUACGAGUUCCUGCACAACGGCUGGACGCCGGACAUCCGCAUCACAGUUCAGCCGCUGCGGAUCGGUGUGUUCCUCGAUUACACCCGCGGGAUCCUGUCCUUCUACAACGCAGCGCUGCGGCAGCACCUCUACACCUUCAGCUGUCAGUUCCUGCACUACGUUCAGCCGUGUUUCGCGCUGGAUAACCCCGGAGCGCUGACGCUCCGCGCCGGACUGACCGCGCCGCCACACGUCACGCAGCCCUGAGCCCACGAACAGGACUUAGAUCUCAACUGAUCUAGAGCUGAAUAAACCACAGCCAGCAUCUGUGUGGGGUUUCUUUCGUUUAUUAUUCCAUAGGAACAGUUACACAGCAGUCCUGCCAGUAAAACGUGAUCAAAUAAAGUCUGUGGUGCUGCAGUUCUGCGCAGACAUGCGUUUAGAUGGAGCUCUUAUUCCCGCUGCGCAUGCGCUCCUCCUCAUCUGAUGAAUCUCCUCCAUACGGAACGAGUCUAGAGGAGCUGCUGGAGUCUUCAUCAUCUUCAUCAUCAGCUGUUCUUCAGCUGCAGGGAGAUCAGAGACUUCAUCAGCUUCCAGAGUACAAGUCGUUAUUGUGUUUGUUUGUGUUUAUACUAGGGCUGCCCUCGACAGGA